CGAGCGAGCGCGCGCACACGGGGAGCCCUAACCAGCGGCGGCGGAUGGUUCUUCCACUCAGCGCUCGCGCUCAACCACCAACCAGUAGAGCGCUGUUUUUUUUCCGCCUUCGCUUCCCUACCAGAGCUGUUUGUCGUCUUUCGCGCACUCUGUCGGGAUAAACGCCGUUAAUUGGUCCUUUGCGUUGUCAGAACUCUGCGCGAGAGCCAGGUCAGCGAUUAAAACCAGAGCGUUCGCGUGCGUUUGUGAAGCUCAUUCGGUUUUGCUGACCGACACUAAUUGAGCGUCACGAGACGCGCGCGCACCGGACGCCGCUUGUUUAUAAAUACGGCGCCGCAAUACCCAACUUACACACUGUCACUACAAGGGUGUUUUUCCCGAGGUAACGUCGCUGAUUUACUGACUGAGGAAAAGAAAAUCAGAGCGAGAAUUUUAAAGCGGACAUUAAUCCGGUUUAGUUUGACGCAGGAUCCGGUUUCAGUGCCUGCUUCCGUUAUUGUUGGAGCGCACGCGCUAAUAGCACUCGGAGUGUUUUGGGAAGAUGUCCGGUGAAGCGGUUCUGAUCCCGGAUGACCAAGCCUUCAACAACUUCAAACACGAGUGUGUGUUGGAUGAUGGAUGGAGUCAGACUUACAACAAGUCCGGCAUCACUGUUCUGAUUCAGAUCCUGGAGGAGGAGAAAUCCCUGCACAAAAUCAAGUGUCGGAUGGUGUGUAAGGACGUUUCUGCAGAAACCAUGUACGAUGUUCUCCAUGACAUUGAUUAUCGGCGGAAAUGGGAUUCGAACGUGAUCGAGACCUUUGACAUCGGCAAACUGACGGUGAACGCAGACGUCGGCUACUAUUCCUGGAAGUGCCCUAAACCCCUGAAGAAUCGUGAUGUGAUCACUCUGCGCUCUUGGCUGAAUAUAGGAAAUGAUUACAUCAUCAUGAACUACUCUGUCAAACACCCGAAAUACCCCCCAAAGAAGGACAUGGUGCGGGCUGUCUCCAUCCAAACAGGUUACCUCAUCCAGAGCAAUGGUCCUUCCAGCUGUACCUUAACUUACCUGGCACAGGUCGACCCUAAAGGUUCUCUCCCUAAGUGGGUGGUGAAUAAGUCUUCCCAGCUUCUGGCUCCUAAAGCGAUGAAGCGUAUUGCACGGGCAUGUGUGAAGUACAGUGAUUGGAAGAAGAAGCACAGUCCAGACUUUAAACCGUGGCUUUACCCAGAGCAGAGUCGUCUGAGCAACAUGGCUCUUACUGAGCUCUCUCUGCAACAUGCAGACUCGCUCGAGAACAUUGAUGAGAGCACACUUAGUGAGAGCAAGGAUGAGCGUGCUGAACACAGCGAUGAUGACUGAGACACAUGCGCACACACACACACACACACACACACACACACACACAGUGUGUUUGUUUCAUUAGUCAGUUAGUGAGCUCUGUCACACUGUGAGAAUUACAGCAGUUUUAAUGCAGAUAAAACAUCUUUAUGCAAAUCCCCGUCUCAUUGCAUUUAUCCAAUCAGGUAAAAGAAAAUAUCAUCCAAAUGGAGACCUUUCCUUGCUUCUUAAUGAUCCAUUACAUUUUGUAUAUUCCUGCAGUUAAUACAGAAAAGGAAAUCAUUUGUCUAUUUUUCCAUAGGUUGGACCACUGCCAACUUCUCCUUUUUCAGAAGUGUCCUUUUCUCUAUUUCCAGUGAUCCUUUAGUUGGAUGAGGUUUCUUCCUUUGUUUCAGCAAGUAGUAAUGCUCCACACACACAGAGGGCACUGAGAGCAAACACACACACACACACACACUCCUGUUACGGUGCCACUAAAGUUACAAUAAAUAAAUCAGAUUUCUCCUUGAGAGUUUUGGCAA